AAAAGUCUUUCUGUUUCGUCUUCUGUUAAAAUUUAGAACCCCAUAAAUCUUAACGUGAAAGUUUUUCUUUUUCCUAAUAUGAUAAAAGAAAGAAAUUGGUAAAAUCAAUAUACGCGAAGAAUGGGUUCAUCUUCGUCGGAGACGAAGUUCCUGCAAGAAUUGAUUUUAUACGCCGCCAGCGCCGCCCUCAGUUGUUUGGUUCUCUUCGCGGGGCUCCGGCACCUCGACCCUAACCGGGAAACUUCUAAAAAAGCAUUGGAGCACAAGAAGGAAAUUGCUAAGCGUUUGGGUCGUCCUCUGAUCCAUACCAAUACCUACGAGGAUGUAAUAGCAUGUGAUGUGAUAAAUUCUGAUCACAUUGACGUGGAAUUUGAGUCUAUUGGAGGAUUAGAAACCAUCAAGCAAUCUCUCUAUGAACUAGUGAUUCUUCCAUUACGGAGACCAGAGCUGUUUUCACAUGGAAAGCUUCUUGGUCCUCAAAAAGGGGUUUUGUUAUAUGGCCCCCCUGGUACUGGAAAGACCAUGCUCGCUAAAGCCAUUGCUAAGGAGUCUGGAGCUGUUUUUAUCAAUGUGCGAAUAUCAAAUCUGAUGAGCAAGUGGUUUGGUGAUGCACAGAAACUUGUUGCUGCAGUGUUCAGCUUGGCAUAUAAACUUCAGCCCGCUAUUAUAUUUAUUGAUGAGGUCGAUAGUUUUCUGGGACAGCGUCGUAAUACAGAUCAUGAAGCAAUGGCAAACAUGAAGACUGAGUUCAUGGCUUUAUGGGAUGGGUUUACCACUGAUCAAAAUGCCCGAGUUAUGGUUCUUGCUGCAACGAAUCGUCCAUCUGAACUAGAUGAAGCCAUACUCAGGCGUCUUCCCCAGGCUUUUGAGAUUGGACUACCGGACCGCAGGGAGAGAGCUGAGAUACUGAAGGUGAUUUUGAAGGGUGAGAAUGUUGAAGAAAACAUCAACUUUGACUUCAUAGCCAGUUUGUGUGAAGGGUACACAGGGUCCGAUAUUCUUGAACUCUGUAAGAAAGCCGCUUACUUUCCUAUUAGGGACUUACUGGAUGAGGAGAAGAAAGGAAAACCAUCUGGAGCUCCGAGGCCCUUAUCGCAAAUUGAUUUAGAGAGUGUUCUUGCCACAUCAAGGAAGACCGGGGUUGCCGCAAAUGAAUAUAGCAGGUUAAGUUCACAAUUACCUGGAUGGUCAAGGCAAAACCAGAGUGAGUCAGAUGAUUAUCAGGUUCAAGCUGCCAUUAAUGAACUCUCCAAGCUAGUAGCUUCCCAAAUUGCUAACCUUCAAUCAGAUUCUCAGGACUCUUGAAAUUCCUAAACUUCAUACUCGGAUUUUGUUAUGCAUCCCGUUUUCUCUCUAAAAGAUGCUUGAUCAACAUUAUUAUUGGCUAUGGAGUACAAAUUUAAGACAGAUUUCAUAUCAAAA